AUGUCUUCCCCUCGUGCCGCUUCACCAGUUAGCGCCUCUGGUGCCAGUACUGGCGCCAGCAUCAACCGACCAUCAUCUCCUACUCCUCCCGGUGGUCCCCGAACUGCCAUCAGACGUCGCGCUGCUGCCGACCAGAAGGAAAAGAUUGCCAAUGCUCGACCUGCAAGCACACGGUCCGCUGGUGCUGGCGGCUCCAGCAGCACCAUGCUGAGACUGUAUACCGAUGAAUCUCCAGGCUUGAAAGUCGAUCCAGUUAUUGUCCUCGUCUUGUCUCUCGUGUUCAUUUUCAGUGUUGUUGCACUACAUGUAAUUGCCAAAAUUACCCGACGGUUCUCUAGCUAA